UACAAAAAGAGCUAAAUGUCUUUGUAUCAUGUUCUAUCUCUCAUUGCACCCAGAUUGUCAGAGGAGAAAGCGGCUGCGUUGCAACAAUGUGAGGAAAGCAUUGCAGAGAAGGCAGAGGAGACGACAAAAAUCAAGCUGCAGCUCGAGGAAACUCAGCAAGAGCUCCUACUCGCCAAAAACCAGAUCAGCUCGAUGGACCAGUUGCUGAAGGCCCAGGAGCAGUUUGGAGCAGAGCUGCAGAAACAAAGCAAGAAGAUGUCUGAGCGUGAGGACGAGUACAAAAGGAUGGAUGCGGAAAAUACACAAAAGCUGCUACAGAUGGAGGAGGAGCUUCGGGAGGCACGUGCCCAAUUGGAAGAGAAGGAAAGGCUGCUUGGAGAAGAGCGGGCUCGGCUUUUGUCUUUGGAGAAACAAAAUGAAGGCUUGGAAAAAGAUGUUCAAGAGACGGUGAAAGAAACAGAGCUCCUCAAAGAUACACACACGGAGAAGGUAAACAAGCUGCAGGAGCAAAUAUCUUACUUAGAGGAAGAAGUAUCCGCAAGCAAAGAUUCAGCUGAGAAACUUUCGUUGCUCAAACGUGAACUUGAGGUGAUCAACCGCUCACACGCCGACCUCAAAAAUCACGCGGAUACCUUUGAGAAGACCCUCUCCUCCAUGACCGAAGUCAAGACAAACUUGGAGAAGUCCCUAAGCGAGAGAGUAAUUCUGAAUUCUGCUUUGGAAAAAGAAGUAGCAGAGCUCAGGGAGAAGGUGAGCCAGCUGUCUGAGAGUCAAGCUCUGGAAGCGCAAAGUUUCCUCAACAAGGAAAAGAGCCUCCGAGAAGAGCGUGAAGCCGCAGAGAAAGCCCUCAAUGCCAUCAAAGCGGAGACGAGUAACGUCCGAGCAGAAGUAAAGACCAUGAAGGUAACUUUGUCUGCAGCCUCACAAGGCUUGGAGGAAAGAGACACCAGCAUAAAGAGUCUGAAGGAGAAGCUGAGCAGGGCAGAAGUAGAACAUGCCAAGACGGCCGAGCUCCUGAAAGAGAAGAUGCUUGCCAUGAACAAAAUCAAGGUUUGGUUCUUUGCAAUCUCUCCUUAUGAUGUCUACCAUCAUG